AUGAUAUCAUUACCAGGCCUCAACCUAUCGUCGCAGUCUGUCGACCCUCACAAUACGCCCACCUCGACCGCCACACGAACACAAGAACUUGCGGCAAAUACGGAAUAUCGCUUCGAAGUCGCCUUCUCGCAUACCCUCACUAUCAAACUGCAGUCAGGCACUGCAGAGUUCUUUGGCACAGAACUUGCGCCCUCAACGACAUACACGUUUCAAGGGACAAAGGGCGCCAUUUUCACAUGGCAUGGUUGCAAGCUCGACAUUGGCGGGCAAGCCGAGGGAGAAUAUGUUGCUGAGGAGACGCCUAUGAUGAGUGCUGCGAACCUCCACUUCGCGCUGGAAAACCUGCGCGACAAGAGCGUUGCAAGUGGCAGCGUAGAGAUGGGACCCAGAAUACUGGUCGUAGGGCCGGAGAACUCUGGCAAGACGUCACUCGUCAAGAUUCUCACAUCAUACGCGGUCAAGAUGGACAGGCAGCCAAUGGUUGUCAACCUGGACCCUCGCCAGGGCAUGCUCAGUGUACCCGGGUCCUUUUCAGCCGCAGCAUUCUCGUCCAUUGUAGACAUCGAAGAGGGCUGGGGCAGCAGUCCAAUCUCAGGACCCAGCCCUAUUCCAGUGAAGAUGCCAUUGGUAUACCACUAUGGUUUGAAAGACCCGGAGGAAGGCAGAGUAUUCAAGCCGUUGGUCACACGCAUGGCACUCGCGGUAACUAGUAGACUGGAAGAGGACAAGUUGAGCAAGCAAGCUGGCUUCAUCAUUGAUAGCCCAGGCGCCAUCAGUCAAGGGAGGAAUGGUGUCUACGACAACAUAGAACAUAUUGUUUCUGAGUUCUCUGUAAACGUCCUCGUCACCAUAGGCUCCGAACGCCUGUACUCGGACCUCUCUCGCAAGUUUACCUCCCGCCCCGGCAGCGACCCCUCCGAAGCCGUUUCCGUUAUCCGCAUCGAUAAAUCUGGCGGCUGCGUCGACCGAAGUGAGGAAUACAUGAAGACUCUGCGUCACGCCCAAAUCAGAGAAUACUUCUUUGGCAAAGGCGACGAGACACUUGCGCCCAGCAGCCAAAACGCAGAUACUGCCGACCUCAACAUCUUUCGCGUUUCAGACGGCCAUGGAAUUAUUGUCGACGACUACGGCGUUACACAGGAGCGACAGGUGUUUGAUAAGGUCGCACCGACAGAGAGUAUGGAGAACCAUAUCCUCGCUGUCACAACAGCCAGUCCGAAUGAUUCGCAGACUGUCAUCAGGGACAGCAGUAUUAGGGGAUACAUCUAUGUCGCUGAUGUUGACGAUGCCAAGAAGAAGGUGAAGCUCCUGAGUCCUCUGCCAGGACAAACACCUGGGAACGCCAUGAUCUUGGGGAGUUGGCCAGAGGCUGUCGAGGGUCUGGUGGGAUAG